UGAUAGUUUUCGAACGACACUCUGAAACAUUUAUUUUAAAUACAUUUGUAUCUUAAAACGACCUUUUAGUUAUCGAUAUAUAAAAGAACGAUAUAUCGGAAGCAGAACAAUUUUCUGCCAACUUCGUAGUGACCUGCUGACGUUCUACUCCAAAGAUGGCGGUGAUGAGUACGCCAUGUUUUUUGUGAUGUUCGCGCAUUAGAAAAAUUUUUUGGCAAUCGUAAUUCGUAUGAGCAAAAUGGCUGAUGAUGAUCCGUGGUUAUUGAAGGAAGACGGCUACCUGAACGUGGAUACCGAGUGUAAAAGUAUAACCUAUCAUCCCAAUUUAAACGUGGUACUGAUAACUACUGGCAGUGCGCAAGUAUACGUGUUUGAUGUCAACUCCGGGGUGAUCCUCCAACGAACUUGUCUAUCCGGUAAACCUGAUGGAAAACUUCAAGGAGUAUACUUGGCAGAAGGAGUCGAUAAAGUAUUAUAUACUGAUGGAAAAGGAAUUGGUAUACGCAGCGAUUACAAUGGUGUUCUGCUAUUAGACACCAUACUACAAACUCCAGUCUCUCGCAGUGAAGACAUUAUCAAACUAGAGCUUUUGCUGUCGGAGGCUAUAUUAUUGCAAAAAUGUUUGAGAUGUGUGGAACUGCCUGGCAUAGAUCAUGUACAAGAGGUGUUACAGGAAUUGAGUGUGAAAAUUCAAACAGCACAGGCAAAUCAGAAAAAGGGUAUCAAAGCACAAAAGUGGAACACAAUAUGCUUGGAAUUACCGCACGGAGCAAUAAAGCUUGUUUGCUCAGGACUUGUAAUGGAAUUGAAGAGGCUGAACAAGCACAUACCGGCUUUGCCCAUCGCCUCAGCCAUCAACGAACGACUAAACGGCCUAUUGCCCAGCCUCGUACUCGAAGGCGUUCCAGUCGACAGGGCUCUUAUGUUUAGCGAGGCAGCUCGACGUGAGACAUUUUCCAAAUGGCCACACAUGAACUACAAAUGGGCUCUGCCGGAUCAAAUGGCUCAGGCUGGGUUUUAUCACCAACCAAAUUCAAUAGGGGAGGAUCGUGCUAUGUGUUUCACUUGCAACGUCUGUCUUGUCUGCUGGGAACCUACAGAUGAACCAUGGUCCGAACACGAGCGACACUCACCUGCCUGCCCGUUUGUCAAAGGAGAAUACACGCAAAAUGUACCGCUCUCUGUUACACUUGCCACUGCUCCUGCUCGGGAAUCCGGCGAUGCUGUGGAAGUGAUAAGCACGACAAAUGUCCCAGGUCUUGUAGCAACAGCUGCUUAUAACGGUCUCGUAAAUGUUUGGAACAUCAAUAAACAGUUAAAAAGAGAAUUGUCUUUCUUCGUUGUUCCUUGCGAACAGGAAGCAAACAACAAAGAUACGUUGCAGUUUUAUGCUUUAUUUAGAAAUCUAACAACACCGUACCUGCCGAGUCUCGGUACUGAGACCGAUCCUCUUUCCGAUUACAAACCUUUCAAUUCUCACAAACUGCAGCUUACUGCACUCUCGGUGGUGGGUGGACCAAAGUCACAGGCCGAAAAUGUGAAGACUACAAGUUCAACGACUUCCUCUUCGGUGGCUAUUGAAAGUAUAGACAGUGGUGGAAUCAGGCCGUGUUUAGUGUGCGGUGUGUCAGUGAGCGUGAGCAAUUCUCCACAAAUGAGAACUUUGGAAAAUGUGUGGGCCGCAUCAACGGAUUUGGCCCCCUCGUCAUCGUUAGUGCGUGCUAUGAAUAGUGUGAACAGUGCUGCCAGCGAUAGCUUAGAUAUUAUGAAGGUAGCCGACAGGUGUACACCCACGAGGUCCCAUUACUUAGUACUGUACGACUUCCAUCAUAAAGCGGUUUCGACGCAACCGACGAAAGAAGACAGUGCCAAGGAUCCUAAAGCCAAGAAGACACUCUCGGGAACCGGAACAAGCGCUAGUUGCAAUGGUGGGCGACAGGAUAGUUUGUAUCAGGAAUUAUUCCUUGGGAAGUUCUUAUACGAGGUUCCGGUUAUCGGAGAUGUUAAUUCCGAAAUGGUUGUGGGGUCUCACUUCGAUGGCAUCUUUUCCCAGACUGCUCUUACCGCCACUUCCUCCAACGGUAUGUUCUCCACACCUAUGGGCAUUACAGUCGCUGCCUCCUCCAGUCCCUUUGAUGCCAAUUUCCUUCCUAUUAACUCCUCGGAACAAUUUCCCACCACAUCUGACAUUGCUGGACUUCAUAAAAAGGCGUUAGAUAUGAUGAAAGGCGUGAAGACCGAACCAAUAGCUGUACAGACUGUGUGCAUCAAUGCACCUGAUUCACUCAGAGUGACGUAUACUGUACCAUCCAGAGAUGGUAGGUACUUGUAUGUGGCGCUCUGUCCUGCACCGGAUAUUUCACUUGCGGAUCCACCACCUUCAACGAAUACCAAUCAGAUGGAUAUUGAUGAAGACAGUGAGUUCUUUCCUCCUAAGAGUUAUAUGUAUUGGGACCAUAAUGAGAUGCAACCUGGAAAACUGAUAAAUGGAGAAGUUCACAAUGAUGUCAGUAAUACUGCUAGCAGUAAUGCGAUUUUGCUCGUUUAUGCUUUGGACUUUACUGGAAAGGUUGUCAGAUUAGUACCAGAACCGAUAGUUAAACGGGAAUUGCCAGCGGAUCAAGUACCCGUGGAACAUGUUCUUUUACCUCUACAAGAGAAGCACAGAGAUACUGGAAUAUCCGAUAUCACUUCCGCCGCGAGUCCUGCUGCUGCUUCGAUUGGUCAAGAGCCUCGCGGACAAGUGGCCUUAGUUUGUAAAGACGGCGUCGUACGACUGCUGGACCUCAGCACUUUGAAGACUGUUACGGAAGCACGGUUGGAUGGCUGCAAGUUCAUUUCUGCAGCAUACUGCAAUAGUCUUGAAAGACUGUGUGUCUGUACGAACGACGGUGCUCUUCACUUUUUUGCUACCACCGAAGAAGAUGACUCUACUGAAGAGAAGGAGGAUGCGGACGAUGUGACUAUGGUAACCGAAGGCAGCAUCAGUCAUGAACACACUGCUCCUAGUACAUCGACCUCUUCAGUAAUUUACCAGGAACCAAUAAUAGCACACAGAUCCAAUUUAACUUAUUCCGAUUUGAGAACUUUGUACGAUCUCACGAGAUUCGACAGGCAUUCCCCAGGUUAUGGCGCAACAGUUCCACCUUGCUGGAGUGAAAUGAUGCAGGCACAGAGGCAACGCCGACAUCCUCAGCAUCUUCAUCAAUCCGAAGAUCAACACCAUACGCGGACUUGGCGUUUGCAAAAUGACACGACAACAUGGGACGAACAUGUCUUUGAACUCACUUUGCCGAAGACAGCUUCUGGUACCGUUGGUCAUGUCGAUGUUAGAUUCAGUCUACACUCACCCUGCCCAGAGCCACCAGCCAUCCAAGUGACUCUUCUAAAACAAAAUAUUACGGGGAUUGGACAUCAUAAAUCUCCUCUCACCCCUGUUGACGAGAGGAUAGACUUUAAUAUCGGAAACGAUCCAAAGGGUGAAAAUCCUGUAGUCACCGAGGAAUACCAGAGACAACAUAACACAGAGAUACUGUGUGGACCUAUCAAUCUUCAACGUUGCACAGAUCUUUCUGAUCACUCGGGCUGCAUUACACUUACCAGUCCUAAACUGUUUCGUUCUAAAGCCAGAACGCUUCUAGUACAUAUUAAAGCAUUCAUAGAUCCCGCAAAAGAUGGAGCUGCUGCGAAAUCCAGAACUAAUUUAUUGGAAUCGAAACCACCAACUUCAAAGAAAUUACGAAUAGACGAAGCAGGUCCACUCUUACCAGGAGCAACUGUUGAAAGACUUGCUGCAGGUGCAAAUAAAAAAUUGGAAAAUUAUAUAGGAUGCGAUUGGAUUCAUGAGAUAUCGAUUACAGUAAGAUCAGUUCAUUCUAUCAACAUACCGAAUGAGAGGUUCCAGCGUUGCGCAAUGUUAGAAUCCAAGAAUUUUAUUGAAAAUUUACUUAGCGUAGCUUGUCUGCAACAAUCAGACAAGUCGCCAAUUGUCCAGUCUCUUGCCUUAGAUAUUCUUAUAUGGGUAACAGCCAUAAGGCUCACGAGAUUGCGCACAGGUCAAGGUAGCACAGCAACCAGGGCUAUGCAAUUGGAGACAGUGAGCUGCGUGCAGGGUCGUUUGUCGGAUUUAUUGCGCACAUGCCUCUUGCAUGCUGGAAGAAGUGUAGCACACAAAUGCGUUAAACUUAUUGUUCUUUGCAGCGAGGGUCUUCAUAAUUUGGAUGAACCUGCUCCACAUUCUUUUGACGAGGCUGUUCUAGCUGUUUUGGUAACUCUGUUACCUUCGAUAGCAGGAGUGCAAUGGGCUGGUUCAUUAAGAUGGUUGGCUGUAUUAAUUACAAGAUUAUUACCAUUAGACAAGAAUCAUUGUGUUGCUCAACAAUGUGUCACUCUCGUACAGCAAAUAGCUACAGAAAUGUCAAACAGAGUUGAUCCGUAUCACCUCUUACUUGCCACCAGAUUUGGCUUGUAUAACACGCCUUUCGAAACAGAGCUCUUCGACAUGGAACCUCCAAUGCCUCCGAAAUUUAAUUCGAUGCCUGUAACAUACGCAACAAUUUUAAGCGGCGAGCAGUCAGGUCCUUCCUCGACUUCUAGUAGUUCAAUCUAUUCGCAGGACGCCAUUGAUUUGAGGGAUCUCCUUACACUGCCUGCACAUCCCACAAGUGACUUCAUAGUACCCAGUAAAUUAAAGGCACUUUGCGCUAAUCACAGUAUGAAAGGUCUCCUUGAGGUCGAACCUCUUCAUUUUACUUGCCAUGCCGCCUCUGACGGUACUAAGAUGGAGAAAAUCGAUCCGGGCAUAAAUUCGGUCAACAUGGGCACGACACUAUACGACAAUGCCGCAACGAACAACAAUGCUGCACCAGACAUCAAAAUUAUUCAUCAUACUUACAACUUGGAUGCUGGAUCGCUAGGACCAGAUCUUCAAGCUAAGUUGUCAACCAAAAUAUGCGAUCUGCUUAGUCAUUAUAACGUCGAAAUGACUAAGAAGACAACCGCUGAACUGUCGCUCACAUCUGAUGAUCAAUCAGACAGUGACGAAGUUAACAAUAUGCCUGUUAUAACCCAGAACUGGGUUAAGCCUAAUACGCCUAACCCUCACACGUUAACUUCUACUACUGUAACAAAAGAAAAAUCGUCAAUACCAAAUACCGGUAUUACUGCGAACAAAGUCAAGGACAACAAUGCCAAAAAGCGAGAAGAUGUUGCCUUUCCUUGGGGUAGAUUACUCUGCUGGCCGCCACAACAAGCAUUGGUUGUUGAACGAAUGCAUUCAGGAGCACGUAGAUUUGUCAUCUUGGAUUUCGGUUCACCGAUACUACUCACGGAUCUGAUGAUUCCCAUGUGCAAUGAUUUGGUAUCGCUUUCUAUUGAUAUCUGGACUAAGAGUGAAGAGAGCGAUGGCACACGUUUAGUGGUUGCCGGUGAUAUUGGAACUAAACCCUUAGUAGUGAGUGAUCUUCAGCCACCGCCAGUAUGCAGAUAUUUGAAGAUUACGACUAUCGGUCGCUAUGGCAUGUCCACAACCAGAUGUAAAAUCCCAUUGGGAAUGUUCUAUGGACAUAUGGUUGUUCUACCCGGUGAAGAUUAUUCCGAGCUUAACAGAUCUCAGGCUGGAUUCAAUGGUACAGCUGAUGCUUCUUUACAGGCUACCAUUGAAUCUCAAUGUAGUGUUUUAUCUGCUCUUGCUGAAGAUGUACAGUGCCGAUAUAGCUUGGCUACUGAGAGGCUGAAGAGUCUUUUGGACCCUUUAUUAUGUACCGAGACACCUAACGUGGUACACAUGCAGCAUUAUCUUUAUCGUAAUAAAACGUCCACUGAAAAUAAGGAGCAACCAUCCUCAAAGAUACUAUCCACUUACCAGGAAUGUAUAAUGUUUCAACAUCAGCUGAACGUCGUUCGCGGUGUCUGGCGUCGUUUAGAAUCAUGGAGAGGUUCUCAGAAUGUUCCAGUGGCUUCAUUGGCAAGUACAUCCAGCGAUAAGCUUCGUGUCCUGGGUGAAACUUUAUUGGAUAUUUUGCUCUACACUGUUUAUGAAAUCGGACCAGUGCCCAGUAUACCAAUAUCACUGUGCGAAGUCUUCACGCCAACAAUCUGUGAGAAAUUCUUUCACUCCGUUUGUGUGGUAACACCUGUACCUCGAUUACAACUUCACGCAGCAGCAUUGUUAGCUCGUAUGGCUGGUUAUCAGUCAUGGUGGGGCGAUUUUCUGGCUAAUACACUGAUUAAUCUAUACUCAGCCUCCUCGACGCAUAUCUUUCCCCAAGACAGGGUGUUCAUAUUGCUAACAUUCCUUGGGCGUAAGUCAUUGAUUGCCGGAGCUAAUAAAUCCUCAGUAGUGGACGCGAUGGUUCGUACGUUGGGUAGACUAUUGGCUCCGUUAUCCACUGGUCAGGCAUCCAGCUCAAACCGACUGGAUACAACCCUUAUUGGCUGGGUUCUCCUUUUCCUAUCCGUCUGCUUAGACACAACCGCUAUUCAUCCUCCCUGUAACGAAGAGAACCAUGAGAGAAACAGAGAACAAGGUCUCUCGUCUCGAUGGGAAUUCGUCCAAGGUGAAUCCGCUAUGCAACGUAAAUUUGUUAGCGCCAGCAGGUCCUCUGCAUCCCGAAAUUAUCGCAAAAAGCUACAAAAACGAUUAAUGCAUCACAAACAGCAACUUCAGGAUCUGGAACAGACGAAGAAAGCGUUCCACGUUUCCUCACAGUCGUGGUCCGCGCUAUCCUCUCAAGCAGCUUCGUUAUCGAGCAAGAUAGAAGCGGCUGUCAAAUCUCAGGAGCGCUUUUUUAAGAAGACCCUGAAGCAGCACUCUGCUAAACACUUUAAAGAUCUUCUCAGCAUCAGAAGAAAUGAGAUACAACAUCUCACUCGAAGUCCUAGGUCUCAAUCGCAACCUAGUACCAGUCGAGCGGAAGUGAUAGAAAUGCCGGAUGUGGACUUCAUGGCAAACCUUUCACAUCAGUAUGUUCUACCUGUGGCUCGCGGGCUCGUAGCUCUUCUACUAAACAAUGCAGCAAACGUGGAUAUGUUCCUAUUGACUUGCAAGGUAGUGGCUAGGCUAGUGGUAUCCACGCGUCCCGCAAUUAGCUUGGGUGAGCUUAUGACUGAGGAUCAACUCCUAAAGUUAGUCAGGCUGGCUACUGGAACAUCAGCUGCUGCAUGGUCCUCGCACGCGGUCUCGUGUCUUCUCCAAGACGUGCUGGAAGGUGGAAGACUAUUUCCUAGAGCUUGUCCUAUCCUCGAAGAAAGUCCUUCAGAAGAGAGUUUCGAUACUCUGCCUCAGGAUGAAUCUAGAGCAAACGACGAAGAUGGGGCUGGUGUUCCUGGCCCAAGUAGCUCCGGCACGACUCUUGGUAACGAUGAAGGAUUUGCCGAAGCCGACGCAGAUGAGGAUACGCAAGAUAGCAUUGUUGUCACACCUGCCACUGCUGCUGCAAUUUCCAAGUCCAAUGUAUUCACUAUAUCUUCUAUGUUUGAGUCUGAUGACAGUGAAUUGGAAGACUUCCUGGAUGAUAUACUGGAACGCAGUAGAAAUCUUUUGAAGAAAGGCAGUGCAGCUUCGAAAUUCUCUUCAGCAAGCUCAGGUAUUUCUCUGGCUGUGGAUGUGAGAUUAGAAUAUGGUGUCGAAACUGGAGCUGAAAUUGCUCUAAGAAGACUUUCGACCCUCGGCGCAUACAAUCUACCACUCAGCAUAAAUGCUACGAUACAGCCUACGUCAUCUGAACAAAAUCGUGGCCCGCAAACAUCGACGUCAAGAAAUUCCACAUGGAAUGAUAGAAAUCAAGAAAUAUGGAAUUCUACAGAGUCAUCACCUUCAAGUUUGCCGAUGCUGGCACGAUGCUUUGACAAGAUAUUCAGUGAUUUAUACCUGCAGAGCUCUGGGACCAGCUUAGAACUCGUCUUACAAUUAUGGUUGACAUUAAACUUGGAUGCUGCGACUGAAACUUCCUCCAGCAACUCUACACAGUUUGAUCCAUCUUUAACACCAGUUAUCCCGCUCAAUUCCGCAAGUAUAUCCAGCCUUAUAUCAGCUCUUUCAUGGCGCCGAGAAGUCUCUCUACGAGCCUGGUGUUUAGCGCUACAGUGCUUAACACUGGCCAGCAAUCAAGCGCCGCAAACAAUACAAGAUCCAACUGAACCAUCAACCAGCAGUCAAGCACGAGAUGGCGCGUUAGGUGGAGUAGCCAGCUGUAUCGUUAAAGAAUGGAAUUUGGGAACCAUGCUGUUGCGGCUUUUAUCCGGUAAUGGAUCAUUCGCCGACACGACUGAUAAACAAUACGUUAUGGCUGGACCCACGGUGUGUCAAGCAUUACAAGAUUUUCUGGCGAGAAUAGUCAUGCAAAGUGAUCUUACUACACCAGGCGUAAAUCUAGAGAAUGAACUGAAUGAAGUUUUACUUUGGGUUGUGUAUCAACUAGUACAGCCAGGAGGGGCUUUGGUCUCUCGUCGAGGUCCUUUAGAUGCACAGUGCAAGAUUAUUACGUGUCUUAUUAAUAUAAACUUUACGAAUACUAAUCUGGGCACUGCCGUAAGCAUCUCAGAGUGCGUCGGUGUUUUAGUUUCUACGUAUGUAAGAGGAGCCGGAGUGGAAGCUCAAUGCGGAGGAGCAGUAGACUCUGCUAAUCAAUCUGGGGGAUUUGGUGGAUUAUUUGCUUGUGUCCUCGGUGGAGAUUCGAGGCACGGUCGUCCUGCAUCUUGGGAUACACUCGUAGUAGCUCUUAUAAAGCUAGUCUGCAGACUCGUUCAAACUCCGCUACCAAAUGCUCGACCUACACAACGGGACGGUGCAUCUGAUAUGGAAGUUAGUGAAGCAAACCAACGUCCUGGUACUAGUACUGGCGCUGAUGAGCAGGCGAAAGUCAAUAUCUCACAGACUGAUGAAAGUAAAGUAGCCGAGCAACAAACUUCAAUGCGACUACAACAAAGUACAACGACAAAAUUACGUGUGCCAUGCGUCGCAGAUACUGUGUUGCAACAUGAGCCGACCAUGAUGCGAUUACUAGAAGCAUUAGGUCAUAGUACCGGAUCUUCUUUAGCCAUGCUAUUGGGUGAGGGAACCGGAACCGGAACUGCCACAGAACUUGGGGAUCCAGCCUCUAUUCCUGAUGCAACUUUCCAAUUAUUAACGACACUUACCAAAAAAGCCAGUAACCACAGGCUGGUUCUCAAUCCAUUGUAUCGAUACUUGACGUCAUGUCAGGUCGACGGAAUGCAAUUAUCAGAACCACUUGUCUGGUAUAUCCUAAAGGUUCUUGACAAUGAAGCUUCCCUGGCUGUAUUCACAGCAAUGGGCGGUGUCAAAGUACUUUGUGAAAACUUGGUUAAGUCUAGCAGCAAUGGCAACGGUACUUGCUCCGUUGCUCCAGGCGUAAUCGCUCUGGUUAUGCAGCAUCUUUCGAACUCACCAAGCCUUGCUACAGCGACAACAUCCAGCAGUAAAAAAUCCAGCAAUACUUUGGAACCCUACGAAGAUGGUUUAGUCAACUUUGCACCAUUGGGAACGAUAUCCUGGCUAAAUCCUACAGCGCAACCUGCUGACGUUCUCAUUCAGAGCUCAGCAUCUCAUAGACGAGCUAGGACUCCUGCAUGGUCAUAUCAUUUUUACCCUGAUGAAGCCUGGGUCGAUCUUGUCAUUACUCUACCAUGUGCAAUUUUAUUGAGAGAAGUAGAAUUACAACCACAUCUAGCAUCUCUUGCCACUUGUCCAUCCGCUGUGGCACUAGAGAUUUCACGAGAAGGAAAUACUGGUCUUACACCAGUAUGUCCUCCUAUGCCGACUGCGGGCCUAACCUUCAUACGCCUGACAUUAUCUCAGCCGGAAGUCGCCACUGCUGUACUGGUACGGUUAUACAAACCGCGAGAUUCGACUAAUAUAGGUCUGAGUCAAAUACGAUUAAUGGGUACUACAACUUUUGGUGAAAGUAAAAUGAAUAACGAGGCUAUAGACGAAGAACAGCUUACAAAAACUAGCUUGGGAUGGCUAAGGCUGGUGCGUCAGUGUUUCUCAGUGAGCAGUCUGAACAGCAGUUUAUUCGAAGAUGUACUUCAUUCUGCAGCCUCUGUCGAAGGCUUAGUUGAAGCUUGUUGCAAUCUGUUGCUGCUUCCUGCUCCAUCAUUAUUUACACCCAAUUUAGAAAAGGUACUUUUACAACUAGGAUUACACUUCCGUGAACUGGGACUGAGGCUCAUAAAUCUUCUAUUGAAUAAUAGAUCCACACCACUCCUUCACGGACCUGGCGCUUCUCAGGAAACAUCAACAGUACAGCUUGUUGUAGAGUUACUUCAACAGCUUUGUUCUGCCCAAGAUGCGAGCACUGAAGCGCGCAUGUACGCCGUACUCUCUUGGCUACACAGUUCGGCAGUCAAUGCUGUAGCACGAUCACCAAAUAAUCCUAAUACCAUAUCACCACCAGCAGUCUAUAUUCAUUGCAUAUCAUCCAUAAUUUGGAAAGCCUAUCGACAACAGGAUCUUAACUAUGAUUUGCCAUCCUUGCUGACUGAUGAUCUGUUCAAUGCACUAUACCAAUGGACUUUGAUACUGGGAACGCAUUCGGCCUUGAAACAAGCUAUUGAUUCUGCUCUAUGUGCAUUUUGCUAUGUGAGACCGUCCCUUAUUCCGAUGCUUCUUCAGAGAGUACAUAUUCUCGUGCCCAAUCUGGCUACUGAUCACUCUGCAUCUAUUUCGGAUGAUCGCAAGGAGAGCGAAGGUCAGACUGAUGACCGGAAGAGUGAAACAGAUGCUGAAGAAUGGUACAGCAGGCUUGUAUUACCUGAUUGUAAAAGAUUGCACUUGACAGAGGGUCAGUUGCUGACUGUUGCUGCUGCAGCACGAUCACCCUCUGGCAUCCGCCAGCUGAUUGAUUCCGGUCUUCCUGCAUCGCUCACAGCAUCCAUUACAGAAUUUUGUAAACUAGAAAAACUAAAGCAACAACAACGUAAAUCAUCGACGGAGGAAAGACCUCAAGGUGUUAGUGCUGAAAGUUUGAGUUUGACAGACAACGAUAAAGCUGGAGAAUCAUCUGGCCAAUCCGAUAACAAUUUUAAUGGUCUUUCGAUGACCGAGCCCGACAGUAUAGCUGUAGUAUUGGAAUUUUUGUCUCUCGUCUGCUCCGAAGCCAGAAUGCGAGAUUGGCUUGGAAAAGAGGGUCGAGGAUUUUGGCUUCCUUUGUUGUCUCUCCUAAGCAAUCGACCUAUUGAGAAUCCAUCUGCUUCCAUUUCCAGGUGUUCAAAGACCAAUGUGUCCUAUGCAAGUCUGGAAAGCGCCAUGAUUAAAUUCUUAUCAAGAUGUUGCUGGUGUCAUCCCGUCAAUCAGCACUUACUAGCUGAACUAUUGACGGAUGUGAUAUCCCAGCAAAGAGCACCACCAUCUGUACGCCAUCUCCAUGGAAUAUCUGGGUUCACAAGACGUUUGAUCCUGCAACUAUUAUUAGAGGGUGAAAAAGUUUUGGUAUCGGUAACGUCUGAAUCACCAAUGAAAGUAUCGAACACAUCCAUGAACCAUAAUACACCAUCGAUGCCACCGCAUCCAGCAUUCCCACUGGGUCAUUAUCAUCAGCUUCUUUAUAUGUCAAUUCACGCAACAGUGGCUGAUAUAUUACAACAAGUAUCAGGUACUUGGCUACUUUUGCUACUUCCCAAUACCGAUAAGGGGAAUGAUGCUAGUACAAGCAAGUCUAAUAGCUCACGCGAGCGUUGGGAAUCGGGCAUGGCCUUGGCGGUGGACAUGCUGAGUGUUGCGGCUGGAAACACGGCAAAGGAUAAGAGGGCUAAAGAAGCUUCGAAUAGAUCGCAGGCUCGCGGUCCUGUCAUAAGAAAGGCCCGUUUGAAUUCCGAUGGUAGUACAGCUGGAUCUAAAGGCGCUAGUAAUAAUCAACCAGGAACGUCUUCAUCGAGUAACUCUAAUCAGCAAUAUCUGACGCAUUCGUCGCGUCCCGAUACGUCAUUGCCAUCACAAAUGACAAUUGCGCAACUUUUGGCGAUUGCCGAGGACACUGGAUCAUCUCUGUCUAAACCAUGUUUACAGUUGUCGUUGCGACAACGUAACAAAGAUACCAAAGAUGAUCUGGUUAAGCAAAACGACAUAGAGCUGCUGUAUUACAGGAGUAUAAGUAGUUCACUUGAGGUGUUUAGUGGUGGAGGUGGUUUAGCUGUUCUGGCUAAACAUCUUCCUCUAGUAUAUCCAGACGCUGGUAGAUCACCACCCCAUAUGGAAAAAUCACCAUCACCAGAACAGCCUGAUGCCGAUUGGGUGAAAGUCGAGGCGAGUGGUGACGUUUACUAUGAGGUUCCGGAUGAAGGUGGAAAUCCUGGAACAUCAAGGAUACCGCCACCGGCACCACAUGUUCCACCCCAUUCGUUAGCAGCGUUUGGACUCUUCCUGAGACUUCCAGGAUAUGCCGACGUUCUGUUGACCGAUAGAAAGCGCGCUCAAUGUUUAUUAAGACUUGCGCUAGGAGUGUCCGAUGAUGGUGAUGGCGGAGAUGUUCUAGCUUCACCUUUGGCUUCAUCUCUUCCGACCUAUCCAUUCCUGGUUUUGAAACAUUUACUGAAUAUAACGCCACCUACAACGGACGAUGGUUUACUUCUACGACGUACGACCAUUGAAGUGGGAGCUGUUUUACUAUUGCUGAACUGUCUAGCAAUAUUCACACAUCAAACGGGACACAAUGAGGGAUCUGAACAGAGAUUAGGUCAGAGUGGAGGACGUAGCGAUGACAAGUCGCAUCUUUAUUGGGCUAAAGGUACUGGCUUUGGUACUGGUUCUAUCCAACAGUCCUGGAAUGUGGAACAAGCUCUACUGCGUCAACGAUCUGAAGAGGAACACGUUACGGUUCUACUUCAAGUACUGGCAGGCUACGUGGGCCCUGGCGGACAACCGCAAAGAGAAUUACCUGCUCCAUUUACUGACUUAUUGGCACGUUCUUGCUUACUUCCGGCACUCUCGUCUUAUCUCAGAAAUGAUUCUGUUCUUGACAUGGCCAGACAUAUCCCUUUGUAUUGUGCAGUCUUGCAACUGCUGACAUCCAUGGCUCUUUCAAGUCAAUUGGCACCACUUCUUCUACCUAGAGGUGGAAGGUCUGGAGAGCCUUCUAUAGUAUCUCUUUUAUCCAGUAUGAAAGUUUGCGUGGACACAUACGUGCAUAAAAUUAACCGUACUCGGGGUAACAAAUCGAAAUCUGCCUCAAAAUAUCCAGAUGAUACAGAACAGGAUGAGGGUUUAGCUACCCUGAUACCAUAUAUCCAGGACAGUGCAACUAUUGUUCAAAACGCUACUUCAAAGCUGGCCAGUAUUGGUGAAGAAUUAGCUGGUCCCAGUCCUACAGCCCCGGAAUUGCCACUACGAUCCAUAGAACAGCGAUACCUUGAAGUGAUGAAGAAUCUGCAGUUUGAUACAUAUGAGAUGAUAACAGAAAAUCUGGAUGGUUCUGGAUAUUGUUUCGCUGUGUCUUAUCAUUUUGAAUCCAAUAUGAGAGCCGCAGGCGAAAGGAGUCAUCCAGCAAGAGUAAAACGAUUAGCACAGGAAACUGUCACACUCUCUACUGCACUUCCCUUAUCGUACAGCAGUAGCGUAUUUGUCAGAUGUGAUGCUGAUAGGUUGGAUGUUAUGAAGGUACUAAUUACCGGUCCAGCUGAGACACCUUAUGCUAACGGCUGCUUCCAAUUCGACGUGUACUUCCCACCGGACUAUCCUAACAGCCCUAUGAUGAUAAACUUGGAAACUACAGGUCGUCACACAGUCCGUUUCAAUCCAAAUCUAUACAACGAUGGUAAAGUGUGUCUCAGUGUCUUAAACACCUGGCAUGGUCGACCUGAAGAGAAGUGGAAUGCCCACACAAGUAGUUUUCUACAGGUUUUAGUCUCCAUACAGUCAUUGAUCCUGGUAUCGGAGCCAUACUUUAACGAACCAGGUUACGAGCGAUCGCGUGGCACUACCAGCGGCGCUCAAUCUAGUCAAGAGUACAACGCCAAUAUUUGCCAGGCCACUGCUAAGUGGGCGAUGCUUGAACAAAUACGAAAUCCUUGUCCCUGUUUUCAAGAGGUGAUACAUACUCACUUUUGGAUAAAGAGACACGAAAUUGUCGCACAAUUAGAAGGUUGGAUAAGGGAUAUGGAGCUACAUGGGGCGGAUCGUCGAUCAGGUCGAACCAUCUCUCUAAACGCUCUGGCUCUGAGGAGACACUAUAGGCUACUACGAGAAGAGCUGAAUAAACUGCCAACACCGGAGGGUCUAGAGGAUCUUGUGGAACCACUACCAUCGCCCGGAUCACCUCUAGAGCUUUCAGGAACCCCGGGUACACCAAGCACACCUCCAAUGGCCACAGUACCAGCGACCACAUCUAUGAGCACGGUGAUAAGUAAUGCCAUCGCUCCAAUUGAUAAUGCCGGUACUAGCAAUCACGUGCACCACGACAUCGACACUGAUGUAGAGAUGGAGAAAAUGGUCUCAAAAGUGUGUGAAUAGUUAAAGGGUGUUAAUAGAGAGAUUGUUGGACAUUUUGAAAAGUCUAUUGUUAGUGUUAUGAACAAUACACGGUAUGUGACUACGGAGCAGCAUGUACAAUUAAGCACGGCUGAGAAAUUGACGAAUUGCCAGGAAGCAGCAAACAAGGCGAACAAGAAGAUGAUAGACAGGAAGCGGGGUGUAAGCCGGAAACAGAGAACAAAAAAUACAUGAAGGGAAAAUGAAACAGGGAAAAUAAUAUUGUCAAAUGAUAAUUAUGCAAUGAUAAUGACAAUGACUAUUCAAGGACGCAUGACGGAACGAAUACGAAGUUAUACGUGACGAAAAAUAAUAAAGAGUCGCAAAUAACGAGAAAAUGGCGCGCGGGCACAUACGCGUAUUAGGUACUUUGUCGUAGCUGCUGCUAUACUAUAUGUACACUGCAUUCUAACUCUGUACUUUACUAUUAUAAGUACCAAUUGUUACUCCAUAUUUAUUAUACAUGUUCCUCGUUUAUGUAGCUGGGUACUUCCCUACGUGCAAUGCGACUGAACUUCAGCGAGAGUGCUUUUAAUGAGUGGAAAACAAUUCUUAUUAUUAGAUUGCGCAAGGAGGCGUAUACUAUACGCAAAAUGGAAUUCAAGAAGAAAAAAAAAGAGAAAGUACCGCUUUGUCAUAUACUUUAUCUUAUUUCAAAUUCGCGCAAUAUUUCAAAAACGGUUUAGUUAUAUUGUCGCAAGAGAUUGGUUCACAGCAAAAGUAACGGUAUUGAAAAAAAGCAUAUUAAAUUUGUAUCUUUUUUUAAAUUAUAAACGAACGUACGAUUAGUCCUUUCAAAAGUAAUUGACUUUGACUUAAACAGAGACAAGCGCCAUCAAUCAAUUUCACAUUUAUUAAUUUUUUGUCCAUUAUACGUAAAAGACCAUACGAUUUUCGUCUCUGCAAUAUUGACUUCCGGACUUUCCGUAAAGUGCGUUUGAUGUAGAUAGCAUACUUGAUACGCGAUGAUACCUUGGUACCGAUUGCGAUGAACUCCAGUACCGAUGAUCGUUUACUGUAAAUAAUCGCCAAUAAGCAAACAAAAGAUCCCAUACCCGUCUCUAUGUUUAUAAUUGCGAAUUACUAAUGAGAGUGUCCUUAAGUGUAUUACAUCUGACGCAUGGACUCGUAAAAUGAUUGGAUAUAUGAAUCACAUAUGAUGCAUGGGAAAGUGAAUGUGUUAAUAGUUAUUUAUAAUAAACAAUUAUUACCACGUCA